CGCCCCCGCGGGGGCUCCCCGCCCCCCCCCCCCCCAGGGGGCCCGCCUGGGGCCCUGAGAUGCCGCUGGGCUCCUCGGCCUCCGCGCCGGCGCUCGGCGCGGGCCCCGGGCCGGGGAGCGCUUCGGCCACGAGGACGCCCCAGGUCGCGACGCAGAGGGGCACGCCGGCGCCGGGGCAGUACGCGUGGCAGGACGACGCGCUCCGGAAGAAGCCGCCGACGACCAUGAUCUCCCCCGACCGGAAGAACGUGGACCCGUACGUCUCGGGAGCCUGGGUCCCCGCCACCACCGGGAGCCAGACUGGCCAGGCCGCGCCGGGGGAGUACUUCCGCGAUCCCUACAUGCCAAAAGGGCCGCUCGGCGUGAGCCGGCUCCCAGGCCGGAACGGGGCGCCUAAGUCCUUGGAGUUCUCGUUCGGCAAGAACUCGGCGCGGAUGCCGGAGGUCGCCAAGCCAGACACCAUGAGGAUCCUCAACACGUCCUUCCACUUGUCGGAGACGAGCUCCCUGCCAGUGAGUCGCAAGUUGCCGACGUGGUCCGUCUACGGCAAGGACCGCUCCAACCUGCCAUGGGGCUUGCCGACCUGGAACGCGGACACCCAGGGGAAGAGCUACCAGGUGCCUGGCCCAGGCUCGUACGAGAUCGACCGGCGCGCCAGCUGGAAGCCGAGGACCCGAGCGUUGUGCACCUUCGGCGGGAGGAUCGGCGAUCUGGGGAAGACCGCGUUCCUGCGGACCCGGUGAGUCCAGGCCGCCCGAGUGGGGCCGGAUUAGAUGGUCUGGAGUUUGAUUUCAUCCCGGAUCCCGGCGACGCGAUGCAUCACCGAUGCAUCGGUGAGGCGGUGCGAUCUUCUGGCCCCACUUGCUCGGACCCCAUCUGGACAGCCUCAAGCGAGGUGAGGCCAGCGAUCGCCGAGCUCUUCGGUUCGAGCUCUCCGUCCCGACUGAUCAACCCAGCGCCCUGGGUCUCAGCUUUCCCUUCGCCGAGCCCCCCGAGCCUUCCUGCCACCCCCGCCUGAUGACCCUGUCGACCGGCCUGGUUUCGCACCCCGUGUAGCGGUGUGGCUGAAGCAGGUCAAUAUUUCGAAACAGGUCAAACCUGUACACUCGAGCGUCGGGAGCGGUGGACGGACCCGGCCCUGCGGUUGCCUUUAGGGCUUCGGCGGGCCGCAUGCGUGGGACUGCCGCUGGGAGGCGAAAAAUGCGUGCCACCCGCCUGUUGGUGCGGUGCCGCCGAUGCUUCUCUGCUCACGGGGGUGCAGAAAGGGUGCGCCUCGCCCCUAUCACCCUAUCCCUUUUUCAGUUUUUCCCGUCCAUCCUGUGGUGUUGGGUCC